AGCUGUCUGAUUGGCUUGCCUUUGGACUUUUGAAGGUUCCCAAGAAGGAACGCAGGCAAUAAAACUUGGGACUUUUCUUGCCUGCGUUCUUAUGUAAGGACUUAGGUCGGUCAACAUUUCUCAUAAUACAACGAGAAAUACAAAACCAAAUCUAAUUUUUUUGAUUACCGAAACAAAGGAAGACCAUACCUUUUAGGAUGAGUUACGGCUUGGCCCCACCGACUUGAAUGUUCAAGUCACACAACCCUUUCAUUGUUGAAAUAAUUUCCUGUAGUGUCAAUUAGUGCAUUUGUGUGCAUCAUUUUCCGGACUCUGGUAAGGAAUGGUCAGCAAUCUUUCUACAAUUACUAACAGUGGUAGGUACUGCAAGUUAGAGAGGGAAUUGGAGGGUGCCAUCAUGAAGAGUAAGAAGCCAUGGCUCUUAUUCGCUCUGCUUCUAAUAAUCCUGUCCUGUUCCAGAGAACGCUUCUCCAUAGCAGCUGCUGGUGAUACACUUUCAGCAGGCCACUCUCUUUCUUUUUCGAAGGACGAGACCAUAGUAUCUAAAGGUGGUACUUUUGAGCUGGGUUUCUUCAGACCACGCCAUUCAUUAAAAAUCUACCUGGGCAUUUGGCAUACAAUUACGUUUGGAAGGACGAAACAUGUUUGGGUAGCAAAUAGAGAAAAUCCUUUGUCUGACCUAUUUUCCCCAACACUUAACCUCUCAGAAGAUGGCAAUCUACGCCUGUUUCAAGGUUCCUCCAAGAUCCCAGUUUGGUCGACAAAUUUGUCGACAUUUCCCAAGUCAAAUUUGACUGAAGCAGUACUUCUUGAUGAUGGGAAUUUUGUUCUGAGAGAUAGGUUGAACCCGUCUUCUAUAUUUUGGGAGAGUUUCGACCAUCCAACCGAUACAUGGCUGCCAGGUGCAAAGCUUGGGAUCGACAAGGUUACUGGAAAACCACAGCAGCUCAUUUCAUGGAAAAAUUCAGAAGAUCCAUCACCUGGUGUGUUCUCGUAUGGGCUAGACCCAAAUGGAAGCAAUCAAUAUUUCUUAGAGUGGAACAGAUCCCAAAUCUUUUGGAGUUCUGGACUUUGGGAUGGAAAAAUAUUCAGCAAUUUUCCUGAGAAGAGAUCGAAUCAUAACUACAGUACUUUCAGUUUUGUGUCAAAUGAAAAUGGAAGAUAUUUUACUUAUUCUGUUUAUAAUCCUCCUUUCCUUUCUAGAUUUGUGGUGAGGUCUUCAGGAAAGUUCGAGCAAUUGACGUGGCCGGAUGGGCAAGAGAAUUUAAUUUGGUCUCAACCGAGGCUACAAUCUGAUGUCUAUGCUUUGUGUGGUGCAUUUGGCGUGUAUCAUGAGAAUUUCUCGAGCUCCUGUGAAUGUCUAACAGGUUUCGAACCAUCUUCGAAGAUGGAAGACACCAGUCGUCUAAAAGAUUGGUCAGGUGGGUGUGUGAGGAAAUCUCCUUUGCAAUGUGAGAAUAAAACGUUUGCUAAUGGCAAAAAAGAUUGGUUCUUGAAAAUAUCAAACAUCCGAUUGCCUGUUUAUACGAAACCAUAUUUGGCUGUGAAAGCAAGCAGAUGUGAACUGGCUUGUAUGGAAAAGUGUUCUUGCACAGCUUAUGCUUAUAAUACUAGUGGGUGUAUGAUAUGGGAAGGAGCUCUUUUGAACUUGCAUCAACUCUCAGAUGGUGGCGAGAUUGGACAGGCUAUCUAUCUGAAACUUGCCGCUGAUGAUCAUCAAAGCACCACAGGCAAAAAAUGGAAGGUGUGGGUAGCUGUGCUGGUCCCAGCAACAGGGCUGCUCUUAUGCCUCUUCAUUUGUUUUUCAUGCAAAGGAAAACUUAGAAGCAUAGAUCAAAUAGGAUCAGGCAAUAAUCUACUAUUAUUUGAUUUCGAUACGGAACUCCAUGCAAUCAAUGAUGGAAUGAACACCAACAAUAAUCUGAAUAAAAGAGAGAAAGAUACCGAGUUACCACUAUUCAGUUAUGAGAGUGUAUCAGCUGCAACCAAUAAUUUCUUAGCUGUGAAUAAGCUUGGAGAAGGAGGCUAUGGACCUGUUUACAAGGGGAAAUUACUCCAAGGAAAGGAAAUUGCAGUGAAGAUGCUAUCAAAAAGAUCUGGACAAGGAAUUGAAGAGUUCAGAAAUGAGACAAUACUAAUUGCAAAACUCCAGCACAGAAAUCUUGUCAGAGUCUUAGGUUGUUGUAUCGAGCGAGAAGAAAAGAUAUUAAUAUAUGAGUACAUGCCCAAUAAAAGUUUGGACUUCUACCUUUUCGAUCCAACCAAGAAACAGAUGUUAGGUUGGGAGACACGCAUACGCAUUAUUGAAGGGAUUGUUCAAGGGCUUCUUUAUCUUCAUCAACAUUCAAGGUUACGAAUCAUACAUAGAGAUCUAAAACCAAGUAACAUUCUCUUGGAUAGUGAAAUGAAUCCAAAAAUAUCAGAUUUUGGCAUAGCUCGAAUAGUUGGAGGCAAUGAAACACAGGCAAACACAAACCGAAUUGUUGGAACUUAUGGAUACAUGUCUCCCGAAUAUGUUAUACAAGGUUUAUACUCGGUAAAGUCUGAUGUUUUUAGCUUUGGAGUAUUGCUACUGGAGAUUAUAAGUGGCAAAAAGAAUACUGGCUUCUAUAACCAUAAUUCAAUGAGUCUUGUUAGAUAUGCUUGGGAGUUGUGGAGAGAUGAUCGAAGUUUGGAGUUGAUGGAUCCAACAGUAGGGUAUCCUUCUUCCAGUUCUAUUAUGUUGAGAUUCAUUAACAUUGGUCUUCUUUGUGUCCAAGAAAGGCCGACUGAUCGACCUACCAUGCUUGAUGUAGUCUUAAUGAUUAGCAAUGAGCAUGCACUUCUACCUACCCCCAAGCAACCAGCGUUUACCUCAUUCCAGAAUAUGAUGGACACAAAUCCAACAGUUGACAAUGCAGAAAAUUGCUCAAAGAAUAGCGUAACUAUUUCAACAAUGGAAGCCCGAUGACUGAUUCCUAUACCAAAGAAAAUAAAUGUUGUAGAACCAAUAUUUUUGUAUAAUUUGUAUGCAUAUUGAUAUGCUACAUGUAUACUUUUCACUAAAUGUUGUCUUAAGUCACUCAUAUUUUAGUUUUGUUACCAUUAA